AUGGGAGAGAAGCUGGAACUUAGGCUCAAGUCUCCCGUGGGAGCCGAACCUGCCGUUUAUCCUUGGCCGCUGCCCGUCUACGUGAGUCCGGGGAUAUACAUAUUGCUUAAAAAUAAAAAAAUUAUGUUUUUUUUUUUUUUUUUCAUCUUUUUAGGGGUUGGUCAGGUUGUAUUGCAGGUAGCUGCAGCCACAAACUGCAAGCAUCACUAUGGUAUUGAAAAGGCCGAUAUCCCAGCCAAGUAUGCAGAGUCAAUGGACAAAGAAUUCCGAAAGUGGAUGAAAUGGUAUGGAAAGAAACAUGCAGAAUACACACUGGAACGUGGGGAUUUUCUCUCAGAGGAGUGGAGAGACAGAAUAGCCAACACAAGUGUUAUUUUUGUGAAUAAUUUUGCCUUUGGUCCCGAAGUCGAUCACCAGCUAAAGGAGAGAUUUGCCAACAUGAAGGAAGGUGGCAGAAUUGUAUCCUCCAAACCAUUUGCACCUCUGAACUUCCGUAUUAAUAGCCGAAACUUGAGUGACAUUGGCACUAUAAUGAGAGUUGUGGAGCUUUCACCACUCAAAGGAUCCGUUUCCUGGACCGGAAAGCCUGUCUCUUAUUAUCUGCACACUAUAGACCGGACCUUACUUGAAAACUAUUUUUCUAGUCUGAAAAACCCAAAACUCAGGGAGGAGCAGGAAGCAUCAAGGAGGCGACAACAGAGAGAGGGAAAAAGUAAUAACACCACCCCAACUAAAAUUCUGGAAGCCAAGGAUUCAGGAGUGGAUGAGGAGAAGUCAGUCCCUAUAAAGAAACAAUCUCCUACUAAAGCACGGAGAAAGCUCAGCAAAAAGGGCAGGAAGAUGGCAGGGCGAAAACGGGGACGUCCCAAAAAAUUGGCUUCUGCCUCAGGAGAGAGGAAGCCAGUCAAAUCCCAGAAUGCACUGGAAACUCUACAUCCACAAAAUGUCCCGGUCUCAGAGACCCCCAUACAGUCACCCUCUCAGGAUGCAUACAAGUCACCUCAUAGCCCCUACUUCCAACUACCUCCAAAAGGGCAACGUCAACCUUCCAAUCAUAUACUUUCAUCACCUACACCGCCAGCCCUUCAGAAGCUGCUUGAUUCCUUUAGAAUUCAGUACCUUCAGUUCAUGAAUUACAUGAAGACUUCUCAGUACAAAGCUGGAUUACAACAACUGCUUGAACACGAGAAGGAAAAAAACUCUCACCUCCUUGGAGCAGCUCAGCAACUAAUCACCCAUUGUCAGGCUCAAAAAGAGGAAAUAAAGAAACUGUUUCAGCAGAAGUUGGAUGAGCUUGGAGUUAAGGCUCUUACUUACAGCGACCUCAUCCAGGCCCAGAAGGAGAUCUCUGCCCACAACUUACAACUAAAAGAGCAGAGCAGACAACUGGAAAUGGAGAAUGGAGAACUUCGGAAUCGCAGCCUUCAGCUGUUAAAAGCCCGUUGUGAGGAGCUCAAACUGGACUGGAACACAUUAUCUUUGGAAAAUUUGGUGAAGGAAAAGCUGGCUCUGAAAAACCAGAUCUCAGAGAAACAGAAGCAUUGUCUAGAGUUGCAGAUUAGCAUAGUGGAGCUGGAAAAGUUUCAGAGACAACAUGAGCUUUUGCAACUCAAGUCUUCCACGCUCUCUGAGGACCCACCACCUAGCAACGGACGUUCCAAAGGGGCUUUUGAUUCCCAUUUUUCAUCACACACCUCCCCAGCUCGCCAUGUGCCACAUUCCCAUACUAAUGGCUUGAGCCCGGACCUGUCCAUAAAUAGCCAUAAUUCCCAUUAUGAUGUAUACCAUUCCUGCCGGGCAGGAAACAGUCGGUGCUGUUCUAAAGAAAGUACACCUUCCCAUUCUGACAAUACUGAUCUACUCGGUAACCUAACCCAAGCUACUAGACAUAAGUUGGAUCGAGCAGUAACCCUUUCCCAACCAGACUAUACACGGUACUCACCUGCCAAAAUUGCUAUGAGGCGUCACCUCAACCAGGAACCCACAGUCAAUGGAAGGUGUUUUGAAGCAAGUUAUAGAAAUGAGGUAGUGAAAGAGAAUGGCGUAAUGUAUUCUAGUAACAGUAUCCAGCUGAAUCCUCCGGAAUCGAGCCCUUCAUCACCAGAGAUGGGCCAGACAAAUGAGGAUAAAGCAUCUGACAAAAUGUUGCGGGAGCGGAUCUCCCCCACUAAUCCAGAGACGAUUACCAGUUUACCAAUCAGUAUCCCCUUGAGUACAGUUCAACCCAACAAGUUGCCAGUCAGUAUCCCACUGGCCAGUGUUGUGCUGCCCAGUCGUGUGGAGAAGGUGAGAAAUAGCCCAAGUCCUGGGUGCCACAGCAGAGACGGUUCUGUAACGGAGAAUGCAAUUGGUGCUUAUUCUAACAGCUUCAACUAUGGUGCGGUUUCAAAACCAUUGGCUACCUCAAGUUUCUUUUAUCCACCUUGGUCAUCUUCUUCUGUUAAUGGACCAAUACUGAACAGCCAUGGUUCAGAAACUGACUGCAUGGAUGACUCUUCAAAUUCAGGCACCUUAUCAAACUCUGGAGGGUCUCGUAGUUCUACGCCCUCACACCACCAGCAGUCAUAUCAACGCUCCCCUGCACAUUACACUAUCUCUUCAAGCCCUCGGACACUUCUAGAUUCAGGCAAGUUUUCGGGAGAUGGAGAAGUAGAUACCAGCGACACAGAAACAGAUGCCAAAAGGAGAAUCAUCUUCACAAUCACCAGUGGUGGUGGCUGCUCUAAUGGCAGGUCACCAUCAAAUAAGCAUAGCCCGCUAACUGCUACUAUUCGUAUGGAGUGUGGACCUGGACAAGAAGGAAGAAGAAGAGCUGUUCGGAGGAAGAGGUCAUCCACAGGAAGUCACAGCCUGGGGAUAUCUCCCAAACGCAAGUCCCUUCCUUCAUCACUUGGUUUUAACGGAUAUACUUCUGGAUCUCCACUGAACAUCAACUCUAUGGUGAGUAACAUAAACCAGCCUUUGGAAAUCACAGCUAUUUCAUCUCCCGAAGCCUCUCUGAUAAGUUCUCCCGCUCCCUACCAGGAUGAGCUUCCUCCGGUGCUAAAAAAAGAGAGGCCUCUUUCAGCUACUAAUGGGGUUACCUACUCUCCCCUUACGUCUGAGGAUGAGGCAGAGUCUGAAGAGGAAGCGCAAAACCCACGGUUUGAAAGGAAGAAUUCCAGCAUGAAUUUUGAGAGCAAGGACUCGCCUCAAAGUGAGAGUGACAAAGGCUUCUCAUACCCAGGAAGAAAAUUGUGUGAAAGUGUAGGCAAAUGGAAAUCCACCUUCUCUCCAAUUUCUGAUGUAGCCCCUAUACGUACCCCUGAUAGUCCUCCUUCUCCAUAUCACUGCUCCCACUAUCCUUGUGGUGAUGGAUCCCGUCGGGGUUCAGGUUGCAUCAGCCCAGGAUUAACCAAUGGUUUCAGCGAACAUUCCAAGACAGAAAUAAGCAAGACCUCUGCAGAAAGCAACCUGUUUUUGAGCAAAAAGUUGUCUGAUGGCAAAAGGGAGGACAAAGUUUCCAUGGCUAAAGGAGAUCGCUUCAAUAGCAAAUACUCUCGUAAUAGAGAGAAGGAUGGCGAUGGCAAAUUGAGUGGCAAUCUGUUCAUGGCACAAGGAACCAGUGUUUUAUUGAAUGGGAAGGGUCCUAGUCCAGGCCCCCUCCACCCUCACCACCACUUCCUGAGCAGCCUAUCAGCUGGCUCCCAGCUUGCACUACAGGGUGGUCUCAGCUCAAUGGCUAGCAACUCUGUACUGCAGUCAUUCUUUAGCUCUAUGCCUGUACAUGUGUCUGGACCAGCCAGCCGAAUGGCCAACCCCCAUCCUAUGGCUAGCUUCACAGCUCCUGGAGUAACUGGAGGUACUGUAGGAGGUAUUUGAAAUGUCUACCUCACUCCAAAUCACCUAUGCAACGACAGACCUGCUAAUUUUGUCUUGAUUUUCACUUUCCACCAAAAGGUGCUCAACACAAUUUUGGGUAGAGUGAGAUUUUUUUUCUCCUCUUCUCCCCUGUUCCCCUUGUAGCUACCACUGGUUAAACCUACAAUCACUUCAUCUAUAUCUGCCGCAUGGACACACAUUUUUCCACUGUGAAUUAAAGUCAGCGGCGAAAAAAAAUGGGGGGGAAAUCUAGUUGUUUUUUUCUUUUCUAUUUUUAUUUAUAUAUAUAUUUUUGAGGGGGUGGAAUAUUUUGGAUGUAAGAUUUUCCUUAUGUUUUAUUUCUUCUUUUUGUGUGUAUGUGUUUAUGUAUGUUGAGGACGCGGCUCAACAGACGAGCAGAAAAAAGGAAAUGGCACGAGGAUUUAAGGGUUUAUAUGGGGGUUGGGUAGGUUUUUCCCAUUACCUCUCAACGCAGAUUUUAACUGGUGCUACGUAUACAAGAAUGUGCCUAUAAACUGGUGCUGUUAGCUUGCGGUGCUCUAUGAUCAGUACACACUGGGACUCUGGAUCCACUGUGUCCAUAUUAUAUGUGCUUAAUUUAUUAAUGACCCUAUCCCCUAUAUAACCAAAGUACUUUAUGUUCUGUUCCUAGCAGAUUGGCAGAUUUUAUGUCUGCACAGGUGAUUAUAUAUAUAUAUAUAUAUAUAUAUAUAUAUAUAUAUAUAUAUAUAUAUAUAUAUAUAUAUAUAUAUAUAUAUAUAUAUAUUGGCAGCUAAUCCUGUGUGUGUGUGUUAAAAAAGGGGGACGGUUUUAAUGCAAGGCAGGUUAUUAAGGCACCUACAUUUUUCAUUUGAUUAAAAAUUCACCUUAUUUUUAACUAGAUUUUUAUCCUUUAACACACAUCCUAUGUAGGCAUCUCAAUGUGACCUUUAAAUUAAUUCAAUUUGCUCAAACUUUUUAUAGUCUACAGAAUAUAGUGUAUAUUUGCCUAUUUAUGAAUACAUAACCCAUUUUAUCCAUUCACCGUCAAUUUCUAACCACCUCCUCGGGGCACAUCAGCAGGACAGAAUUCCUUCUUAACCAGAGAUGGUUAAUCAGAUGGUUUUUGAUGGUCAUCUCUACGAAUACCGGCAAAUCCUGACCUGUUUAUGUGAUUUAAAAACUUGGCCGUCCUGAUUCAGAAAUCUGUUGCGCAAGCUGUGGUAUCACUAAAGUCUAAUGUGCUGGUACUUUAACAGAUGCCAAUCACUUUCUUUACAUGUUUGUGUUUGAAUUAUGUCUAAAAUUCAAUUCCUUAAAGGGACACUAAAGUGCCUUAGUUUGUAGUCAGCGCCAAUAAAAUUUUGUUUUAGAAAUUGUUUUAAGAAAAGUCAAAAGUACAUUUAAUUCCUUUGUUAAAUAUAUUCCCUGAAGUCUAUUUACUUGCUCUGCCUAAUCAUCUUUUUUUUUAUUUAUUUUAUUUUGAGCUUUGUGGAUUGUAAUCUACAAUGCAUGUCAUCCAUUUAAGUCAACACCAGACAAAUUACAAACCACUUUACUAAUUACAAAAUAAAUUUGUAAUUGAUCUACCAGUAUAUCACAAGAAUGCUGUGCAAGUUCCCAUUUCCAUCUUAGCUAGUAAUAUGAGCUCAGAUUGAAAGAAUUGCAAAAAUGUUUUGUACAAGUAUGUUCUGCACCACUACAGUGGAGUUGAUUGGAAGAAAGAAAAUUCAGAACAAGAAUUAGUCCCAAUGUUUAAUGAAGAUCAAUUUUGCAUGCAAGCUCAGGUUUUCUCAUGCUUACCUAAUGCAUACGUAGCUCACACUGACAAACUUCACACACACAAAAAAUAUAGACCCUAAACCAUGUCACCCCUGCACCAACAGAACGGCAGGAGUUGCCCAUAUCAGCCAGUUGGCAAUUUGUGCUCUAACAUGCCAUUAUUGUUUUAUAAUUUUCGAAAUAUUUUGCUUAUCAUAUUUGCUAAAUAGAUAAUUUAGUUUAAAACCUUUUUAGAGAUGUGCAGACAGAGCAAGCAAGAAGCAGCAGGAAUAUGUACAAAGCCACUUUAAACUAUUUGUUUUUAUUUUUACUUGUUCAGUACUGCAGCUUAUUUUAUUGAAGGCAUCUUUUCACUUCUAGAGGGUUCUUCUGAGCAUAAUGUUACAGAACGGGCAAGUUUUCAUUACUAUUAAAGCACUAUAUAUGAACUUGUGGCUACUUUACGCUGUCUACUUCGGCUGAGCUUGCAAAUCUUGAUGGGAAGUUCUUUAAAUUAUGCCUUCAUACUAAACACCAAGAGACAAGUGCCUCCAAAAUGUUUUUAGCACUGUAUAGCAACAUCAGUUGUUUCCUGCUAAAUUUCUGGUAAUAAAUCUAGUUAAUAAUCAGCACAUGAAGUGACCCUCGAGUGAAGUAUUACAAUAAGCUAAUAAGGAAUUCAGUUCCAAAAUCAAAUAAGCUAAACUUUUUAUUUGGUGUAACAGAACUAUUUGCCUUAAUAACCUGGUUAAUGCAAAACUGUUCCUUGUGAAAGAGUUUAAAUAAUAAUAAAUAUAUAAAUAUGUAUAUGGGUGCUGGCAGUUUGUAUUAUAGAACACAAUAUGGACUUUUUUUUUGGUCUUGUGUUAGAUUAAAUUAAAAGAAGAUUUAAUACGCAUCCCUUUGAAAUCUUUGUUAGUAAUUGUUUUGAUACUUGAUCUUUGUAUAAGUGGUUUUGUUCUUUGUCUGCUUUCCCCUUCUAUUGUCACUUUUGUAAAUUGCUUCAGAAAAACAAAAUUACAUUUUCAGAUCACAAAAUCCAAUUUUUUAAUCUGUUUUGUCAAACUGGUUAAGUUUGUAUCUUUGUAGAGGGGUCUGUACAGAAAACCCAUUUUAAACCUGGCCUCGGAGUGAAAAAGAUUUAUGGAACAUGUUUUAAAUGUUGACAGAAGAUAAACUUGCAAUACUUUCAAGAGGCUUGUUUUAUUUAGGCAAUUUCAAGGUCGUUCAAUAUUUCGAUUCCUUCACAUAGUGGCAAUUCAUUGAAAUACAUCUGCUGAAGGCUUGAACUUCUGAAACUCCUUGUUAAUGUCAAUAAAAAUUUUUAUGAUA